AUGAGCAAGACGAGCCAACUUGACCGAUACUCACUUAUGAUUGUCUCAAAAUAUUUCAAAAACAUCGGUGACUUCAUUAAAAUCAUUAAGGUGUGCAAAAAGUUCCAAGAAGUACCCGCGAUGUUUCGCUACAAUCCCAUAUACCUCUUCUCUCACUUUAACUUCUUUCCAAACGUCGAGACGUAUCAUCUUUACAAAAAAAAUGAAUGCCCUCCUGCAGGUUAUUUUCAUUAUGUCUAUGAAUACCCAAUAUCAUACACUGACUACCUAAAAAAGAAGUCGCCCAAUUCCACUUUCACACAUGUCAAUUAUACAUUAGCCGACUUUAUAAAGUAUAAAAAACAUGAAGGUGCGACCCAUUUAUGUGGACAGACGUUUCAAUACUAUGAAGAUAAAAAGGUUGGUUUAGACUUGAGUGGUAUUGUUUCGCUUGGUAAUUAUGGCUUUCAUAAUUGCUCAACACUCACGAGUAUUAUAUUAAACAAGCGAGUGAGAGAACUCCCACCUCGCUGUUUUAACAAUUGUUUGUCUCUGAAAGACAUCGAUAUUUCUAAUGUCAAAAUAAUUGGUGAUGUGUGCUUCGGGUCGUGCACUAAAUUGACUGCAAUUACUUUGGGUGAAGUGCUUAGUGUCGGUCAUGAAUCGUUUUACGACGCGUUUAAUAUCAAAUCAGUGAAAAGUGUUGGAACAACCAAGUUAGACGCGUUAAUCAAUUUGUCGUCAUCAAAAGCAUUUGGUUCAAUUCCUCACAAAUUACUCAUUUCAGCAAUGGACAUAAGAGGUUUAAACGACGACCAGAAAAUUAACGCCUUUCAACUCCCCGCCGACGAAUAUGGAAUAGACGCUUUUCAGGGAGUUAUUGGAAUUGAAGAGAUGGACAUUCCUAAAAGUGUUACACGAAUUAGGUCACGCGCACUUAUGGGGACAAAAAUAAAGAAACUCGACCUUUCAAAUGUUGUCAAAAUUAAUGAUAAUGAUGGACUUGAUGAAGUCACGGCAUUGACUAUUCCAGCUGAUUUGGAGUUCGACAGCUUGCCAUUUUUAAGCAAUCUGAAAAGUAUCAAAAGUGUCAGAGGAAACAGUCUUGUCUCCCCAGUGGCCUGUUUUAUGAAAGAAAUUUUAGAGAAGGUCGGACUGACGUGUAAACAAUUUGUAUAUACCAAGAAAGACUUUUUAUUAACGAAUGGUGUCAUUCCCGAUUUUUGCGGUCGAAUUGCAUUCAACGUUUUUAAUGAUGUUGAUGUGUUAAACAUAGAAAUACCAAAAACAGUUUCAAGUCUUGGGUGGGGCAAUUUCACAGAUUGUAAGAAAGUUGAAAAAAUUACAAUUUUGUCGGAAACAAAUGACACAAUUUAUAUAGACAGCUGCCCAAACUUACUCGAAAUUACAAUAAAUAGUACUGGGAGAUUCGAAAUUGUUAGAUGCAAAAAACUCGAGAAAGUCAUUUUCAAAGAAAUACCAUCAUACAACAAAAGAUAUCAGCCUAUGUUUUUACACUGCAGAAGUCUUAGGGAAAUUUUUAUUGAAACUCCUCCUAAGGACUUGGUGUAUAGAGAUAGAAUGAGCUACGAUUUCGUCAAAUUUGUGAA